CUUUGGCUAAUUAGUUCUUCAGUCACAAAAUAGAGAGAGCUUCAAUUCCUCUCCGUUUAGUUUCCGAACAAAUUUCUUGCAUUUUCCCGGCGAAUUUUCUUCUGCAUUUUCUAGGGAAAUUUGGGAAAGUAUGGGAAUUGGUGGUAAAUUUGUCAGCUUUUUUUCUGGGAGUGACAGAAAGGAGACAGUUCCGAAGUAACUAAACCUGCUUUUGUUUUGAGGUGCCCCAAGAUUCAGGUCAAUGAAUGUGGCUGAUUCUGAGAGGCUUGUAUUGGGACCUGCUGGGAACGAGGCAAGGUCACUGACUGCAAAAAAACCCAAUCAAAACCGGUAAGAAAGAUUGAGAAGUCUCCCAUGGAGGUCACCACUGCGGAGGAGAAGAAAGUCCUUCCGCCACCUACAGUUACUUCUUUGUCUCCAAAAGCACAUCCUGCUACUGUUUCUUCAAUGCUUCAUCGCCAUGAGCACUUUUUGCAUUCCAAUUUAUCACUAAAUGCAUCAUGUUCAUCUGAUGCUUCCUCAGACUCAUUUAAUAGUCGACCCCCUACUGGUAGGUUUACUAGGUCAUACAGUGUAGGAAGUAGGAAGAAGCAAUCUGUAUCAAAACUGAGAAGUGUUGCUUCUGACAGUGGGUUGGAUUCAACACCCACUGGUUUCCAGCAGAAGAAGAGGUGUGCAUGGGUGACACCAAGUACUGAGCCAUGUUAUGCUGCUUUCCAUGAUGAAGAGUGGGGUGUUCCAGUACAUGAUGACAUGAAAUUGUUUGAGCUUCUUGUCCUGUCAAGUGCGUUGUCUGAACUUACAUGGCCUGCUAUUCUGAGCAGAAGGCACAUAUUUAGGGACGUUUUUGCAAAUUUUGAUCCUGUUGCUGUAUCAAAGUUAAAUGAGAAGAAGCUAAUGGCACCAGGCAAUACUGCAACCUCCCUGUUAUCAGAAUUAAAGCUACGUGCUAUCAUAGAGAAUGCGCACCAUAUACUAAAGGUUAUAGAUGAGUUUGGGUCAUUUGACAAGUAUAUCUGGAGCUUUGUGAACCAGAAACCCUUAGUCAGCAGGUUCCGAUACCCUCACCAGGUUCCGGUAAAAACCCCAAAAGCAGAUAUAAUAAGCAAAGAUCUGGUAAGAAGAGGGUUCCGUGGUGUGGGUCCCACAGUCAUCUACUCAUUCAUGCAGGCAGCUGGAAUAACAAAUGACCAUCUCACUAGCUGUUUCAGAUUCCAGGAGUGUACGACAGCAGAAGAUGGCAAAGAAGAAAAUGGUGUAAAAGACAGACCCAAGGACAAAAAAACGGAUGGUGUGAUUGAACCUGAGUUAUCUGUAGCUAUUGAUGAGCUGAGCUUCUCAUCAGAAUGAUGUCGGUCAGCAGGCAGAUGGAGCUCCACCAGGUUCAAUCAUUUAUCACUUGACUGAUUCAAAUACAAUAAGCAAAGAUAUGGUAAGAAGAUGGUUCCAGAGUAUUGGUCCCACUGUCAUCUACUAAUUCAUUUAGGUGGCUGGAAUAACAAAUGACCACCUCUCACUAGCUGUAGAAGACAAAACUCGAGGACAAGAAAACAGAUGAUGUGAUUGAAUCAGGGUUUUCUGUAGCUAUCAGUGAACUGAGUUUCUCAUGAAAAUGAUAUCAAUCAAUGUGCAGAAGGUAGCUCCUCAGUUUAUCACUCUGAUUCAGAGCACUUUAACUUUUGGGUAGAAAUGGAGAAUGUGUAUAAAAAUUUCAUGAAUAUACCCGUGUACCAUGGAUCCUUAGAUUGUAGAUUACUCAAGAGUAAAUUAUUUUAACUUGUGAUUGUGCUAUUGAUUGGGGCUGCCUGUCCAUGAGGCCUAAAAUGCUAUGUACACUUUGUAUAGUUGAGAAGAUAACAAAAUAAUAAUAAUAAUAAUAAUAAUAAUAAUAAAAGGAGAUUAUCUGUGCAUUAGUAGAAUAAGUUUGUGUGUGGUUAGGUCUACAGUCACCCAGGAUCAGUAGCAUCAGACGGGCUGUUAACCAACUAUGCUUGUGCUUAAACAAGGGCUCCUGUUCAAUUAGUUGCAUGGUAGGCCAACAUCUGAUUCAGCAGCUGGCUGAAAUGGUUCGAGCAAGUCCUGGAAGUGAAAAUGGAAAGGAAACAAGAAAAUAAAAAGAAUGAAAAGUU